AUAUAUAAAUUUUAUAAGUUUUCAAAUACUUACAAAAAUGAUAUCAACAUAUAAAUGUGGUGUUUAUAUUUUUGGAAGAUGCACACAGAACAAUUUGCCUUUAGCAUUAGCUCCUAUUAAUUAUCCACUGUACAAUGUCACGUUUCAACAAUCUAGAAGUAUAAAAAAACAUUUCAAUCAAAAAUAUCGCAAAGAAAGAGCACAAAAGUUUAUUAAAGUGGAUCUACCAGAGUUUGAUAAUGAUGGAAAUAUAGCCAAAGAUAAAGAAAGAUCCACGAUGAAAAAGUUAGGAAUCUUACCACAAAGACAAUGGACAGAGAGACCUAUUCUUAUUAGUUGUACACCUCAAAUAUUUGAAUCCUAUGUUGUUCCAGAAGGUGAUGGAAAAUUCUCUGCCAUUUCUACUUCAGGAGCAAAACAAAGGGUUGAACUUCUAGAAAAAAAGAGUAAAUCUUAUUUGUCUAUUAGAAAAAUUAGAUCGUACGAUGAAGAGUUUUCAACUAAGACAUUCGGAGAGAAGGCAUUCGAGAUUUACUUAAAAGCUCAUGAAGCCUUAGUGGCUAAAGAUGAUAAUGCACUGCUACAGUACAUAACUGAAGCAGCAUUUCCUAUAAUGAUUCAUAAUAUGGAGGAUAAAACAAUUGUAUGGAAAUUCAUAGAAUCUUUGGAGCCACCACGUCUUGUACAUGCAAGGAAUACAAGUAUGAUAACAAAAACAAAUGAAUUCGCUCAAGUAACCGUUCGUUUUCACACUCAACAGAUACUGUGCAUUUACGAUAGAUUCGGACGAUUGAUGUUGGGUAGCGAGACAGUGAAAAAGGAUGUUUUAGAGUAUGUAGUGUUUGAGAAGCAUUUAUCUAAUGUGUACGGUAACUGGAGGAUACACGGUAAAAUUAUACCAAAGUGGUUGAAACCGCAAGAAGUAGCGGCGAAAACUUUUGUAUUACCAAAAGAAAAAAAGGAAGCUCCGUCUUCUGAUGCUGAAUCAGUCGCUCAGACAGUACGUCCCGAAACGUUGGACGCUAAUCCAUAAUGAGUAAACGUAUAAUAUAAUUACUUAAUGUAAAAUUAUUCAUUCAUUAGUAAAACAUUUUAAAGUGAAAGAAAAAAUAUCUUAAUUAGUAUAAUAAAACGUCAGCUUUUCAAGUA